CUGGUAUGGAGUCAGGAUAUGCCUGUUUCUGCGGCAACGAUGUGGACCUACAGAAACGUGGCGAGUCACCUAGCAUGGAGUGUAACCAUGUUUGCUUCGGUGACCACACUCAGCCCUGCGGCGGAGACGGCUGGGUCAUCAUAUUCAGCACCCGAGUGGGGGCCUGUGGUGGGAACUACACUUCUCCAUCAGGAGUGAUCUACUCCCCCGACUUCCCUGACAAAUACGGGGCUGGGCGUGUUUGCUACUGGACUAUCCAGGUCCCUGGAUCCUCGGCCAUCCUCUUCAAUUUCACCUUCUUUGACAUCUCCGACCAGACCGACAUGGUGGAGCUAUUGGAUGGCUACACAAAUCAAGUGGUGGCCCGCUUCGACUGGCGAAGCCCUCCGCGGGAUCUGGUAAACAUCACGGCACUCCAAAGCCAGGACACUAGAACAAUAGAGUCUGAAGGAGAUGACGAGGAGGAAAAUGAAGACGUGUCUAGCACAGCAGGGCCCCAGCUGGCUGGCGGAGUCACAGAGAAAUCUAACGGUACGACGAAUGGACGUUCGUCCCAGAUCCUCUACGUGAUCACGUCCAGCCCCGGUAAACCGGAGCACAACAUGCCAGGUCAGUGGGCUGGACGCGGCGAGACCACCGGCCACAGCGCUAUGUGGACCAUCUACGCUUUAGCAGCUCUCCUCAUACUGACUGUCAUCGCCAUGGUAGCAAAGCUGCUGCUGCACGUCACGGUCAAGUCUCCAAACAUCCCAACCGUCAGUGGUUCAGACACCUGCAGCCAGAGCACAGCGUCUUCUGAGCCUUGGAUCAUCCUGUACCGCCCCUCUACCAUCUCCCUGUUCAAGAAGAAGCUAAAGAACCACCACGGUGACCUCAGCCCCCUGGUGGGCAACUAGUGCUCCUGCUGCGUCCUGCCGUCUAACCAAACAGUACCGCCACCCGCCACUAUUCUGUUCAAGGGCCGUCAGAUGCCAGGCCCUCAGACAAUGAAACUCUUUGAGGCGCUAAGCAAACAACUGAGUGGCUAAUGACAACUGACUGAGUGAAUGCUACUAAAUGGUCUGUGUGCCAAAGUGGCCACGCCCUCCUAACCUGCUCAGCACCGAAGAGGAGCGGGAGGGCAGGCAGGACUGUAAGACUCCACUCUUGGAGAGGAGGAUAAAAGAUUGGAUAGAGGAAAAUCUCAAAGAUGCUUUUAUCAUGCAAGAAGCUGUUUCCAUCACCCAUGGAUGACCCUACCAAUCAAAAUACCUCCAAAAACCCCUCUGGACAGCAAGCUCACUAGUGAAAAUAUGACAAAGCUGGAGUGCAAAAACAAAUCAGCUCAGUUCAGUUUCAGUGGCAGCCGAAUCUUCAUCAGCAUCAGCGAGAGGAUGAAGAAACUGAGUCUUUAAUACAUAUUCACAUAUGACACAUGCUGUAAAACUUCAGUUUUUUUUAAUAACUUAACUGCCUCAUGCGGAUGAACAUUUUCAGCCAAAAUCCAGAAUCCUCCCAUCCAAAGAGUUGUUUAUUCAUUUGUGUUCUUAAUUCUGUAUUCAAACUGCUAAUGUUUUUUUUUAAAUAUAUGUUUUACGUGACACCUGGCUUGCUGAGGAAAGGGAAAUAGGACACGGAAAUGUCACACGGAAGGUAGAUAUGACAGCACUUUGGGGACGAAUCAGUCACCGCAAAAUGAAAAGAUCAGCGAGAAAGGGAGCUUGUUCGCCCACUCGUUCACUCAGCGCCCAUGGAUUUGUGUGGCGAGGAGAAGUAGCUAGCUGGCUGGGGGGGGUGGGGGGUUGGUGCAGUUUGCUCACAAACUGCCAUUUAGGGAGGCUCGGGAAGAUCUGAGGGCUUUUUCUGCUUGGUUGUGGGUGGGAGUCUUUCCGGUUUGAUGCUGUUCAAGUGCCUUAAGGAUCUCCUCUUCCCUUGACUCAGUUCCGCACAUCUGUUUCUUUCACAAAGUGGACUGGUGUCCCUCACAAAAGUCUGCACUUCUUUAAAAAAAUCCAUGUAGAUAUGAAGAGUUUCAUUCCAAAAUAGGGUUUCCGCCACUUAAAUGUCCAAAAUGCCUCCUGGUCUUGUGCGGUGAUUGAAAGCAUUAAUCUCAGAUGGGAUCUUUUACAUCGUUUUUUUAACACGACUUUGUUGAUGUCGAUUUAUUUUCUUUGACACACUUAGCCUUUUGGGAUAGAACUCUUCAUAUAAUGACAGACGAGGCUUUAAAAGGCUUUUUUUUGUUUCUUAUUUGUGUAUCUUAUGUGUAGUCUUGGACGUUUACUGAACAUAUUGUUCACAUUAUGUUGUCUUUUGAUUACAGGGGGAUGAAUAUUGUUGUAUAUUAUGUAAUUCAGUGUGGGAAUGAUGAUAUUUAUGACUGCUCUUUCAUUUUGUGUCUCGGCAAAGCAUUUAAGCAACUUGUCAAAGUGCUUUUGUGUUACUUUAGCUCAAAGGCGGAGUGCUUUUUUAAAAAAAGAAAUUCUAAUCUUCGAUACCAGUAAAUUGUCUAAAUUCUGCAGAACACUGCAGACCUUCAAGCUUUUACUUGUCAUAUAGAUUUCAGGCCAAAAGGUUGAGUGCGAACAAUAUAGUCAGACAGAAAUAUAACCAAAAGCACCCCACGGUACUAUCCACAAGCUGACACAAGGUUUCCAGCUAUAAUGGUUUUCUGUGACAUUUUAACUACUUGUGAAAGGUCAGAAUCUACUAAUGCACCAACGGCAUAGUAAUUGGCCUUUCCUGAUGUGAGACUGGAUGUUCAAGGUUUCUGCAGAUGGCCGCUGAGUUAUUCUCUCACUGGCAAGAAAAAUAAAAAAGAUCCUAACUUUGAAGCACUUCAUUUUGGUUCAGCUUACAAGAUGAAACGGUACUUAAUCACUCACAAUUCUGUUUCAGUGAAAAGACAAAAAAAAAAAGGAAAAAAAUACGCACUUGUACAGCAACCUGAGCACUUGAAAGAAAGGUUAUAUUUUAUGCAUGACACGGCAUUACAGUGACAUUCAAAUCAAAAGAUUUAUGGUUUUCGAGAACUCGGACGGAAUUUAAUACCCGUAAAAAGAUGAAUAACUUUUGUUUCCCAAUCAGAAGUUUUCUAAAAUGUUAUGUUUUGCCUGUCCUCUCAACUGUAACUCAUGUUAAUUAUUGCAAGACAAGAGCACAUGCCCCUGGGUCUGUGAUGUUCAGAGCUGACCAAGCGUAGAAAGAAGGGGAGAAAUGGAGAGCAAUGGGAAAUUAAUGCGCGUUCAAAUCAAACACAAGCUAACGAAAUCUGACAGUUAAAAUCUAACAAGGGCAUAUUUGUUUGGAUAGCCUGGUGAAUUAUGUAAACUUCCAUUUUCUGUCCGGUCCUCCAGUCAGUCGGAAAAUUCCACGCCGUCUUCUGAGCGGUGGAAACAGACUUUUUCUUGUCUCCAAAACUGCUUUUGUUGAUAUGAAUGUCCUGUAGUGCUCGAUAACAUGAAAACAACACCAGAAGCCCUGAGUCAUCACAAGAGGCCAAAACAUUGUUUUCAUCGAAUUGUAAAUAGCAAAAUAGUGAAAAAUUUAAUUUAUACAGUAAAUUAUUGUUAUUUUGUAUGUGAAUGGGAUAUAAUCUAUCUUUUGUAUAAGUGAAGUAUCUUUGUAGUUUUAUUUAAUGUGUCCUGGUUGCAAAAUAAACACUGUAUGCAUGUUUCUUA